UGGUGGGGAGGUGCGCUGCCCGGGUGGCGCGGCCGGAGCCAUGCGGACCGAGCUCGGAGCGCAGAAGGCUGGGCGCGGCCGACCGCUGCACUUGCUGCCCGGAGCCCUGCGCCCGCUGCCCGGCUUCCUGGGCUCUUCUCACCGCCCGCGCGGGGUAUAAAGGCAAAGAGACGCACUCUGGACCCUUGGGCUUAAACUCGGCGGAGCGCCCCGGCUCUGGGUACGCCGCGGCGCGCCCACUGGUGGUCCGGCUAGAGUGAGCGUCCCCUCGGGGAUGCACGGGCAGGGUCCCGUCGCGGGUGAAGCCUCCGGGGGCUGUGCCACGGCAGCCCCGGGGACCCUCUGACUCGUAACCCGGAGAGCUCGGUCGGCGAGUGCCCACGAGUCCAAGGCUGCCUCUGCUCGGACUGCGCCGCCGGCUGAGGGAGGGCAUGGCUUAGGUCCCGGACGUCGCGGCGGGGGCGGUGACCCGCGGACCCGACACUCGGCGAAGAGGACCCGGCCUCGGCACCGCGGGGACCAGGGCGCCGGAGUCGGUUCUGCGCCCUCGGAAGACGCGCCGCCUGCGCCCAGGGUGGUGCCAUGUGGGCCGGCCGCCACCCGGCCGCCGCCUCCCCGGACGCCGCUUCACUCCUGCGGCUGCUGCUGGCCGCGCUGCUGGCGGCCGGGGCGCUGGCCAGCGGCGAGUACUGCCACGGCUGGCUGGACGCGCAGGGCGUCUGGCGCCUCGGCUUCCAGUGCCCCGAGCGCUUCGACGGCGGCGACGCCACCAUCUGCUGCGGCAGCUGCGCGCUGCGCUACUGCUGCUCCAGCGCCGACGCGCGCCUGGACCAGGGAGGCUGCGACAACGACCGCCAGCAGGGAGCCGGCGAGCCCGGCCGCGCGGACAAAGACGGCCCCGACGGCUCGGCAGUCCCCAUCUACGUGCCCUUCCUCAUCGUCGGGUCAGUGUUUGUCGCCUUCAUCGUCUUGGGGUCCCUCGUGGCCGCCUGCUGCUGCAGAUGCCUCCGGCCCAAGCAGGAGCCACAGCUGAGCCGGGCCCCAGGAGGGCCCCGCCUGGUGGAGACCAUCCCCAUGAUCCCGAGUGCCAGCACCUCGCGGGGUUCCUCCUCCCGCCAGUCCAGCACGGCCGCCAGCUCCAGCUCCAGCGCCAACUCGGGGGCCCGGGCACCCCCUACCAGGUCCCAGACCAACUGUUGCCUGCCCGAGGGCACCAUGAACAACGUGUAUGUGAACAUGCCCACGAACUUCUCUGUGCUCAACUGCCAGCAGGCCACCCAGAUUGUGCCCCAUCAGGGGCAGUACCUCCACCCCCCAUUCGUGGGGUACACCGUGCAGCCAGACUCGGUGCCCCUGACCCCGGUGCCCCCGUUCAUGGAUGGGCUGCAGACGGGCUACAGGCAGCUCCAGGCUCCCUUCCCUCACACUAACAGUGAACAGAAGAUGUACCCAGCGGUGACCGUGUAACUCAGAGGGCGGCCGGGGGCCUGGACCAGACGGCUGAGCGGGCGCUGUGGGCUUGGGAAGGAUGCUAGCCUGGAAGUCUGUGCCUGUCGGUGUUGCUUAUGGCACGGUUCUGUUGGAUGGCUUAUUUGGCCCCAAACUGUAUGAAAACAUCUUUCUCCACAUUAACCUGUCUAGAUUUGUUUAUCCUGGUUAAUGAUUGAUUUACGAUGGGAAAGAGCAGUCCCUGGAGAUACCUGUGUCAUUACCAACGGCUCCGUGACACCUGUAAGCCUUUAAGUGCCCUUGAGGUAUGGCUGUCAAAAGAAUUUUGUAAACUGAUGGAGCAUUUUUAUUAUUUUGUUAUUAUUACUUCUUUUUUUUUUUUUGGUACAAGAUCAGAAUUGCUGUUCCCUCCCUGUUACCUGGGCCGGUUUCUAAUAAGCAUCUAAGGUUUUAGGGGAGACGCAAAGAACAACAGUUCUUAUAAAAGGAAGCCAACCUGGACUCAGACGUUAGUCCUUGAUCUCAAUAUUUCCCAGGCACAUCUUAAUUUGUUGUAAAAAGAUAUAUAUAUUAUCUAUUUUUGUGCUUUUUGGGGGUUUGUUUUGUGCUUUUUUACCUUGUGUAGAGAUUUAUUACAAAGUGAUUUUCUACAUUAAAAAAAAGACUGAAAGAAAUUGUAUAGUUCUUAACUGAUGACAUUUCAGAACUCUGGGAUUAUUUUAAUCUUGAAGUAGUGGAUGGUGUAGUAAUAAAACCAUUCAUCCCCUUCUUGAUUGUAUCUUUUACAUUUCUGGCUUUACACUGAUAUCUGAGAAGAAGUAAUUGUUUUUGUGUUGAAAUCAUAAACUCUAUCACCUGCUACUUCUCCAGGUUACUUUUUAAUUUUGCCGUGUGGUAUGGCUUGGCUUUCAUUCUCUUUAGUGUUCAGAUCUCCAUGUCUGUAUGGUACUGAGUGCAGGUAAUUACUGUUGUUAUAAAUGUUAUAACAUCAGCCUUUCUGCCUAGAUCUGAUAAAACAUUUUCUUGUUUUCCCUAUAAAAACUCACAUGCUUUAUAAAGAUACUUAGUAUCAUUUCUCAGCCAUAAUCCCAGUCUUGGGAUGAAAUUUAAACCACAAAUAAGAUUUACUGUGCAAAUCAUAGGCUUUUAUACUGUCAUUAUCAAAAUGUCUUAUUUUUCAAGCAAGAGGGACUGUUAAGUUGAGAAGAGCUUUUCAAAGUAGAUAUUGUCUUUCUUCCCCACAAAGUUAGUUCUUGUUUUCCUCUCUCUUGGUUCUCAGCAAGCACUGUAUUCAUUACCAGCGUGGUGAAUUAUGAAUCUCAAGCGACUUUAUUUGUGUAUUGUUCACUUAUAAGAAAUAAGUCAAAAUGUGUGCCAGUAAAUUUCCAAAUGCUAGCAAAACCAAGAUUUGUAAUUAAAUGGUCAUAAGGUAUGGUCUUUUACAUAUUUAUAUCUGUAUCUGUGGUUAUCUGUCAUUAAUCAUCUGUCUACCUGUUUGAUUGCUUAUGUGCAUUUCUACCUGUUAUCUCAUGACUGAAUAAUGUAAAACCAUUGUUGGCAAUUGGUGUCAACAAGAUACUCCAUCAAACCUCUUAAUAACCAAAGGCAGGGGAAAAUCAUUUUACUUAUUAAUAAAUAUUUUAUGGGAUGAA